CACGAGUCAAACUUUAAACACCCGCAGCUCUCACGCCGCGCUGGUCCUCUGAGCUCUUUGUUUUUGGCGUCUCCAGCUCUGUCUUUACGCGCUGUGACUGGGACUGUCGUUGUUGGAGUCUCCGUUCGUGGCUGAAGGAGCCGCUCAAACGUCAUGCCCGCCGGCUUUCAGCAACUCGGAGCGGAGACAGUGACUGGAACUCUUGCUCUGUCGGUCUUCACCGCCGUCCUCGGGUCUCUGGAGUUUGGAUACAACAUUGGAGUCAUCAACGCCCCCCAGAAGAUCAUCGAGGCAGAUUACAAUGCCACGUGGAUCCAUCGAUACGGCGAGCACAUCCCCGCCGCGACCCUCACCUCGCUGUGGUCCAUCUCCGUCGCCAUCUUCUCCAUCGGGGGCAUGCUCUCCUCCUUCUGUGUGGGCUUCGUCUCCGAGUGGCUGGGGAGGAGGAAAGCCAUGCUCAUAAACAAUCUGUUCGCUUUCAUUGGGGGGAGUCUGAUGGGGCUGUCCAAACUGUGCCGUUCGUUUGAAAUGAUGAUUUUGGGCCGUUUCAUCAUCGGUGCCUUUUGUGGCCUGUCGUCUGGUCUGACCCCCAUGUACGUUGGUGAAAUUGCUCCUACGAGUUUACGAGGGGCACUGGGCACGUUACACCAGCUGGCUAUAGUCACAGGUAUUCUCUUAGCACAGAUCUUAGGUCUGGAGUCGCUGUUGGGCAGUGCGGAGCUGUGGCCGGUGCUUCUGGGUCUGACUGUCGUUCCGACUGUUUUACAAAUGACACUUUUACCUUUUUGUCCUGAGAGUCCCAGGUUCCUGUACAUCGUGCGCUGUCAGGAGCAUCACGCCAAGAGCGGCCUGAGGAGGCUGACCGGGAGGCAGGAGGUGGGCGACAUGUUGGCGGAGAUGAAGGAGGAGAAGAGGAGGAUGGACAUGGAGAGGAAGGUGUCCAUUCUGGAGCUGUUCCGUUCUCCUCUGUACAGACAGCCCAUGGUCAUCGCCAUCAUGCUGCAGCUCUCACAGCAGCUGUCCGGAGUCAACGCGAUUUUCUACUACUCCACCAGCAUCUUCAUCACAGCCGGAGUCCAGAGCCCCGUGUACGCCACCAUCGGAGCGGGCGUGGUCAACUGCGCCUUCACCGUGGUCUCGCUCUUCUUGGUCGAGCGAAUGGGACGCCGGACGCUGCACAUGCUGGGACUGUCCGGCAUGUGCGUCUGUGCCAUCGUCAUGACGGUCGCUCUGGCUCUGCUGGUCAGUACCUCCGCCUGUCUGUGCCUCCGUCAGCUCCGUCUGUGCUCACUGACACCGUGUCUUUGGCAGGAGAGCGUUCCCUGGAUGAGUUACAUCUGCAUGCUCGCCAUCUUUGGGUUCGUGGCGUUCUUCGAGGUGGGUCCAGGGCCUAUCCCGUGGUUCUUUGUGGCGGAGCUGUUCUCGCAGGGUCCCAGGCCGGCUGCCAUGGCCGUCGCCGGAUGUUCCAACUGGACGGCCAACUUCAUCAUUGGGAUGGGAUUCCCGUAUGUGGCUAAUGCCGCGGGGGCCUACGUGUUCCUGAUUUUCGCAGCGCUCCUGCUUUUCUUCCUCAUCUUCACAUUUUUCCGUGUGCCAGAGACGAGAGGAAAGACAUUUGACCAAAUCGCCUCGAACUUCCACUCGUCCACCAGGAGAGUCAGUCUGGACAUCGGCCUGGACAUGGACAUGGACACAGACGGGGAGAUCGAAAAGGACAGCACGGAACUGGACUAUUUGGGGGACACCAGCAACCACUGAAGAGAUUACGGCCCUGUUUCACAAAGCGCUGAGUUUUUACGUCCUGACUCGGGCUUUUCCGACUCCGACUGGGUCAACUCAGAGUUUACGGUUUCAUAAAUGUCACUGGAGCGGGGUUAGGUCACUCUGAGUUUGUUCACUUUGAGUUUAGCUGAAGAGAAAAGCCAGAAAAGAGGAUUCACCAUGGCAACGGUAAACCAGAGGAGGCGGCCAUUUUAGAGAGACAGGAAGUCAUGUGACCAGGACAGGAAGUCAUGUGACCAGGACAGAUUAGACUGAGGUUUGAGAUUAAAAUGGGAUGUUAAAUGAUGCAUUAAACACAUGAUUUAUUUAUUUUUCCAUUUACUUUUGUCGCUUAUUAAAUACUAUUUCAAAACUUAAAAUGAUAUUACACUUAAAGGUUUGACAUAUAUGUGAGUAUGUGGAGUAAAAACAAACUGUACUUUUAUACGUGACAUUGAAUAUAAUUAUUAAAAGGCCCAUAUCUGUUCUAAUGUUGUUUCCUCGUCACAAACAAACCUGUAUAUUUAGGCUGAGUUCUUCUCUCAAACUGAAAACACUCUGUUCCACCUUGUGAUGUCAUCGUGUGGUGAUACAGGAAGUGCUCCACUGUGUUUUUAAACUCCACACACCUUCAUUUCUAGAAUCAUUUGGAUCAUUUCAGGCCUGGAGUUGCUAAUCUCUACUGAACUAAAGGUAAAAGUAGGAGGAAUUAACUUGAAAACUACCACUUGAUGACAUCACAAGGUGGAACAGAGCAUUUUGAGCUUUCGGAGAUGUAACAGACUAAUAACAAAGUGUGACUCAAACAUGUGUGAAUGAAACAAAACACAACUCCAGUGUGAGUUUUUGAGGAGGAAACAGCGUUAGAACAUGGAUUAAACCUCACAAGAGUCAGUUUUGCGUCAUACAGGACCUUUAAACUAUUUGUUUGAUAUAAAAUGAAUUUAACUAAUUGAAGAAAUCAUCAUGAGCAGUGAGUUGUGUUAUAUUAUAAAUCCCAAGUUAAAUCCUCACCUUAAAGUUUAAACCUUAUUUUAACUGCUCCUACGUCUGUGAAUGAGGAAGUGAAUGGACCAAUCAGAGCUCUACUUCUGGAGCACUGACUGACCAAUCAGAGUGCUCCUUUAGCAGACUCUGGUUAAACUCGGGGUUAGAUGAAUCAAACACGCUCUGGAUCAGGUUUAGGGUCACAGAGCAUGUUUCCGUGGUGACAGACUCGGGGUUGCGUUGCCGUGGUGACAGACUCCGGGUUGCGUUUCCGCGGUGACAGACUCCGGGUUGCGUUGCCGUGGUGACAGACUCCGGGUUGCGUUGCCGCGGUGACAGACUCAGGCUUUAGCUUCACUCUCUCUGUGAAACUGGACUUGAGUCUUUUCAGGGUUUAACAAAGUCCGAGUUCGGUCUAAACCUGCUUCUUGAAACAGGGCCAGUAUUUUCUGACCGACGCUGUGGAAACGAUUUCGCCGAAGCAGAAGGAAACGCAAAACUAUAAGAGGAUGUUCACGGCCGAGGUUCUGAUGUGAGUUAUUCCAGGGCGAUGACUGCGUUGACUUUGAUUCCUGCACUUUAUUUACAAAAGCGCCACGAUAAAAACAUGGGUGUGCGUCUACUCCAUGGUGACAAAAAUAAUGAGAUGGGAACAGUGUGAGGUUUUCCUGAGUCAUGAUUGGUGAAUGAGUUUUCAAAUGUUUUAAUAGGAAAAAUAUGAUGGAUUUCGUUGUUUUAGGUAGUAUUCUUGUCUUGUAUUUUAACACGUUGUCAGAACCCAAGGCCUGGAAAUGUUGUACUUUGAGGUCGAGGUGGGUGAUACUUGACGCAACAAUGGAUUUUGUUCAGAAUAUUACAAAAACGUGCCUGCAAAAGUAAAUCUUACACCGUUUUUUUUGGAAGAAUUUCAGUUACAUACCUGCUAAAACAUCAGAUUUGAAUUUCUCUUUUACCGUUAAUGAUCGUGUAGAUGUUUAAGUAUCUCCCACCUCAAUCCAGACGCAUUUCUGACCGAUGAUUAUUGCACAACAGAAGUUCCGUGUACUUUUUAUCCUUGUAUAUACUGUAUUUCGCAUGGUAGCAGAACCCUUUUAUUAGCGUUCAGUGUGUUGCCAGGUGUGCACAACCAUUUCCUUCAUUUGUGAUCAUGUUUUUCCAAACCAAAUUUUGAAUAUAUGAAAUAAAUGCUUUAUUUAACUGUAAAAA